AUGCAUUUCACAACUUUCUUAGCACUCGUCAGCGGUGCCGCUGCUCAAUUCCGUGGAUUCAACUAUGGUUCAAAAGAUCUCGAUGGCUCCCCACGGACUUUGCAAGACUUCGAGGACCAGUUCAACGCCGCAAAGCGACUGCCUGGUCAGGAGGGCGUUUUCACAUCUGCCCGCCUCUUCACAAUGAUCCAAGAUGGAACAUCUGGGGAUCUCAUCAGUGCCAUUCAAGCUGCGGUUAACACAGACACCAACUUGCUGCUGGGUCUUUGGGGAAGUGCUGGUCAAGAGGCUUUCAAUUUAGAGCUGGCUGCUCUCAGAUAUGCCAUUCAGCAAUAUCCGGACCUUGGCUCGCGGGUUGCCGGUAUCUCUGUCGGUUCUGAGGACCUUUACCGCAACUCUCCCACUGGUAUUGAGAACAUGAGUGGACGUGGUGCUUCGCCUGAGGAGAUCGCCAACUUCAUCGGUCAAGUCCGCCAGACCAUUGCCGGAACUGGCCUCUCGGGAGUCUCUGUUGGCCACGUCGAUACUUGGACCGCCUACGUGAAUGCUUCCAACAACGCUGUUAUUGAGGCCGCUGAUUGGCUUGGUGUCGAUGCAUACCCCUACUUCCAAACCACCCAGGCAAACGGUAUCGAGAACGGCGAAAGCUUGUUUUUCGCUGCAUACGAAGCCACUGUGAAUGUUGCUCAGGGCAAGCCUGUGUGGAUUACAGAGACUGGCUGGCCUGUAGCAGGUCCUCAGUCUGGUGUUGCCACUGCUUCUACGGAUAAUGCUCGAACCUACUGGCGCGACGUUGCCUGCCGCGUUCUCGGCACCGACACUAACCUGUGGUGGUUCACUCUUGAUGACGACCAAGCUACGAGCAGUGACGUGUCGUUCAGCUUGGUAAACCCCAGUGAUCUCUUCGGCACUCCUUUCUAUGACCUUUCUUGUCCGGGUAGUGCCGCACCAUCUUCGACUAGCUCUGCCAGCGCUUCCGUCACCUCAAGCGCCGUCAACUCCGCGUCUUCGACCAGCUCUACUAGCGCUACYGCAACCUCGGGCGCCGUUUCGUCUGCGUCUUCUGCAGUUUCAAGCGCAGCCUCUUAUGUUUCCUCCGCUUUGUCUAGCGCAGCUCCUUCCACAUCGACCGUCGUGUCUGCUUCUGUCUCGGCAAUCACACCCUCGACGCUUUCAACAGUUAUUGGAACCCCCACAAAGAAGCCAGCAUGCCCAAGCCCCACUAAGCCUGCUGAGACACCCUCCGACAAGCAUUGCCCUACGAAUCUGAGUGGCGCAUACGAGUAUCCUCAUCUCAUCGUACCAGUCGACUCAGCCAACCCAACCACCGCCAAGGGCACAUCCUACUUCGGCACAGUCUCUCCCACUGUGAGCAGUGUCUUCAACUUCGACAUUAAGCCGGAAGAUGCAGGCAAGACUUGCUCCAUUGUCUUCCUCUUCCCCAAGCAAGAGGACCUGGAGACUUCAUCAUUCACCUUCAACGGCAAAGGCGGUAUGAAGGUAACUUCGCUCGCUGGUCCGGCCACUGAGCAGACCACAUACGACACAGUUCCCGCAGCUGGCCAGGUUUAUGGUACUGUCUCAAAUGUUGCUCCAGGCAACGAAUAUCAUAUUGCCAGCAUUGCUUGCCCAGCUGGUCAGCGUAUUGGUGUGGAAAUCUCCUCUACUGAUGGUCUCGAUCUCCACUAUUUCCAGGACUACAACCCAAGCCCGAUUGGCGCUUAUAUUACCGUGUGUUAA